GUUUGUGUAGUAUAUGUAUAUGCUUGUACAUAGCUAUACAUAGUGAUAUAAUGAUAUACUGAUACAUAUCUACUUCAAUCGACACGGGCCUGUUCUUGUUUUUAUACGUUAUAUCAAUAUACAUGGAGCGAUGUACAUUUUAUGGUGCCAAUUUGUUCUUCAAGUAUUGCUAGCCUGAGUAAUUCUAGUAACACCGAUUUAAGGGGAGAACUCCUUAUUUUAUCUUACUUUAUUGCUAUACCCAAUUCGCGCUACACUCCUGUGUACUGGUUGUUUCUGCUAAAUCGCACUGUACAUCUGGCUGUAGGUAAGCCUGACCACCAGACCUAUACCGGUAGAGGAUUAAAAUGAUUGUAUAUAUUACUUCUGGUACUAUACAAUGUUACUACUGGCACUAUACAAUGUCACUUCUGGUACUAUACAAUCUUACUUCUGGCACUAUACCUACGCACAUCUCGCACCUGUUGAACUCAACCGUUUCUCUGUUGUAUCCCAAUACGUGCGACUAUCUGGACACCGAAUAUAUCUCUCUGUGUGUGUAUCGCUGGCUGCCGUUGUAGGUCUACUCAGCGCUUACGGUUCACGGUACAUCAGGUCUGGAAAGAUCAACCCGGUGUUCCACGUGGCUGCCUUCUUGCUGAUCACAGGCUAUGCCUUGGAGUACCCUCAUCUCAAAGCCCACAAGGAUGCCGAGAAAGCCGGUGCGGCCCAUUAA